GUUGAGACCACCGUCUUCAACAUCGCCGCGCGCUGGCGGGAGUGAACGAGAGGAGCGGGGAAAGGGGCGACGGCCGCCCGCCCGGCUCACCGCGCGCCCGCCACCCGCCAGUCAGCUGUUAACUGCCCAGACGAUCAUCCGCGCUCGCGCAUCCUAAACCCCUUUUUCUUAUUAUUUCGUUCCGUAGACGCGACACCUUUGUACCAGUAAUACCUUUGCUACAGCCUUUUUAUUCGUAAUACAGUUAUAAAUACAGUCCACUCGAGUUUUACUGCCUUCUUCGUUGAACCAGCCACGGCACACCCCAACAUAUGGUCCUUCUACCGUCUUACGAAGAAACAAGAUCGAAGAACAAAGGAGCUGUACAGUGGGUUCAAGUCGUCUUCACCUGAGAUUAUCUGCUUGCUUGGAUUUCUUGAAGCUUUCGUCGUUAGGGACGUCUCCAAUCACACGGGAACAAAGUACCGUCCUUGUUGAUUGGUGCCCAGAUUCGAAGACUGAUCCAGGAGAAGAACUCUCAGGACUGCGGGACAGGAAGAUCUUCAUCGAUAUCAAGCAUACAACUAUAAAUUGUCGUCGUGUCUUGAGGAUACUUGAAAAACUUCACGUCACAAUCAUCAUCAGUGGUUUGCAACAAAAAUCGUGAGAUCGUUCCAAAUUAUUCCUUCAUUUAUCAUUGCAUAUCCAUUCAACACCAUAAUCAUCCCAUACGCUUCAUCACCUUGUCUAACCAUCAUUUCAUUAACUUCAUUUUAAAUUUAUUCAUUUCUUUAAAUAUUGCAAGUCAUUCGAAAACUGCAAGUCAUUCUCAAUAGAUUAGUCAUUCAUCUUGUAUUUAGUGCUGUUCAUCUCUUCAUACAUUCAUAAGUAGCUUAGGCAGUCAUUUCCAUUAUCAUAUUUCAUUUCAUUUAAUUGUUUUUUUUUCCAGCAACUUAAAUUAUAAGCAUAUUUUUGCAAACUUCACACAGCUAAACGCCUGCUGAGAUAUUCCUAGCAACCUAUCACAUAAAUAGAAAUUGCUUCUAAAUUGAUUUAGGCGAACUGCAGCUUAAUAAACUUGCUUAUAACUUUUUAUCUUACCCUACAUAUUUUUGUAAAAAAUAUUUUUGUAUUUUUUCUUUUGCUUUUCUUAUAAUUUUAUUAUCUUUGCAUAAUGACAGAUGCUAAAAGCUUAAUUAAGAAGCGAGCUUCAGUUAAAGCUAAGCUUACACAAUUUGCAUCCUUUUUAAAUCUAUCUCAAUCCUGUAAGCAACUUAGCGAUACGCAAACAGUUGAGGUUGAAUACCGUCUUAACAUAUUUGAAAAUUUAUACGAAAAAUACGAUGCAUUACAGUGUGACUUGGAGACACUCGCGGACGAUCCCAGCGAGCAAUAUGCGGAACGGGAGGAGUUUGAGAAGCAAUAUUACAGCUUGGUGGCUACCGCCCGGCAGCUGAUCAGCGCCACCCGCAGUAUGCGGGCAGGAGAUUCGUCGUCCGAGAUCCAGAACGAGAACAUCACCAAUUUGCAGCGGUUCCGUCGCAUUGAAUACCUGAAGCAGCACUUUUGGCACCGGUUUUCCCACGAAUACAUUUUGUGGCUUCAAGAGAAAACCAAGUGGCGCCGUUCUUCCGGGGAACUUAAGGAGGGGACACUUGUCGUAGUCAAGGAUAAGGGGUCACCUCCUCUGCUGUGGUUACUAGGUCGAAUCGUCCACGUCCUACCUGGCAGGGAUGGAAUCACUAGAGUCGCCGACAUCCGCACACGUAAGGGUGUCAUUCGGCGAGCCUUUAAUACCAUCUGCCCUCUUCCAGUCACUGCAGUUGAAGAUCCUUCAACGGGGGGAGUAUGUUGAGACCACCGUCUUCAACAUCGCCGCGCGCUGGCGGGAGUGAACGAGAGGAGCGGGGAAAGGGGCGACGGCCGCCCGCCCGGCUCACCGCGCGCCCGCCACCCGCCAGUCAGCUGUUAACUGCCCAGACGAUCAUCCGCGCUCGCGCAUCCUAAACCCCUUUUUCUUAUUAUUUCGUUCCGUAGACGCGACACCUUUGUACCAGUAAUACCUUUGCUACAGCCUUUUUAUUCGUAAUACAGUUAUAAAUACAGUC